AUGGCGGCGCUGGCGUCGCUUCUGCUUGCCCUAUGCCUCUUUGUGGCACAAGUCGGCGCCCAACUCGUCACCAUUUCCAAACAUGAGCAAGGAUUGGCUGCAACGACCUUGCCCGACCUUGCAGUCGGCGAGUCCGUGCGCUUCAUGCUCACUCUGGAAGGAAGUACGGGCACUUACAACGUAAUAUCAGAUAUUACCUACAACAACAACAUUGGACAAACAGCGACGUUCAAGGUUGAUUCAGCUAUUGUGGCCAGCAUCGACGCGCAGAUAACCACAACCAACCUCAACGAGCUUGAUGAUGCCAGUGUGCUGGUUGCCAACGAAGCCAUACGCUUUGACUUUGGAAGCUGUACAUUCGCUUCUACCGCAAGCAUCAUUCUAAACGUAACGGGCCGCUUUGAUGAAGCAGCGCUUGAUACAAGCCGAGGACAUCAAGCAGUGCUUCAAGCGUCCACAACUUUCGGUGGCUCUAAUGUAGUCGAAAGCGAUCAGGUGACGGUAGUUGAGCCGGAGCUGAAUGUGUCGCGCACGACAACACUGCCGGUGGGCAACGAUGGCGCGUCUGUGGAUGCGGGCGACGUGUAUGCGUUUACGGCGACGAUUGACCACGCGGUGGUGUCUGAUGCGCCAGCGUACGAUGUUGUGUACCGGGACGACGUUGGAUGGACGAUGUCGGUGGAGUCUGGGAGCGUGACGUGUACGAUUACGGGCGCGGGUACGGAGGACUGCUCGGGAGACGUGAGCUUUGUGGGCAGCACGGUGGAACUUGUGCUGUCGCGGGGCUUGCUGGUGACUGAGCAGGUGAACCUGGCGUGA